GAUGCACAAGGCGGUGCAGCGUCCGGUGCAGCUUCCACCGGAGCAGAGAAGAAGAGCUGCCCAUGAAAGGUGCCUGCUUCCUCUGGAUGCGAUUGCCUCCGUCUUCGUCUGUCUUCUUGUCUGCUUUUUGAUCUGUAUCAAGACAGCCUCUUCUCUCUAUCAUGUUCAUCUCAGCAGCCCGAUCUCGUUACUUUGUAUGAUAGAUUCUGUCUGGAUUUCGAUACGUCCUUUACUAGCAUAAUAUUCUGUCCAUCGCUUCCAGAAUUUACGGAAGGUUUCCGUUUACAGCAAUGUAUUUCAAGUUUGGCGUGUCCCUUUUGACACUCACCGCCGCUGCCGCUGCAAUCCAAGUGACCAGUCCAGUCAGCGGUGCAACCUGGAAUCUAUCCAAGAGCCACACCAUCACAUGGACUUCUACCAACACUGAUCCAUUGACCUUCGCCAUCGAAUUGGCGAACCUGGGCGUUUAUCCUCCGUUUAUUAUGAAGGUUGCAAGGGGUGUCAAGACAAGCAGUGGUUCAUAUCGCACAGAACCAAUCGAAAAGAUUCCGGAAGGAGAUACAUAUCAAUUCAACUUUCUAUCCGACGAUCCCAGCAAACCGGGGAUCCUCGCCCAGUCGCAGCAAUUUUCUGCGUCUUCAGCUGGUGUCCCUACAAACUCAUCGUCGGGCGCUACCAGUACCUCUAUUAACCCCGGAUCCAAAUCCACCUCGACUAACAGCUCUGGAUCUCGUGCUGCUUCCCGCACUUCUAAGGUUUCCACUACAUCCACUAGUACCCGCCGUCCCCUUACGACUACAGCGGAUAUGACCUCUUCAGCCCCUGAACAACGCGCCACCAAUGCAGCCCCUGCCCUUCAAGUGUAUAGCGGCGCUAAUGGGUUGAUCCUCUUCGCUCUCGCUCUAAUCGCCUAAGCCAAUACUAGAUGUGAUUGCCAUAAACAAAAUUUCUAUUGAACCGCCCGGUGGUCGGUUUGUUCCUAUCUGUUGUUCAGUGGUUCGCCUUCAGCUUGAACAUGGGCCAUUAUGAGAACUCGUGAUAGCGUAUGAGGAAUAAUUCCUGUAUCUCUAGCCCCGCGUUAUUGGGCCUUGCAUGACUAUAUAGCUUCCUUCGAUGAAAUAAAUAUGAAUAGGUAAUCUUUCCUCCACCUA